AGCAGGUCAGAAUAAUAUAUUUUAAUAAAAUAAGUAUCUGAAGUUCACCAAAAGUUAGUAUUUUUACUAUUGUUGGUAUGAAUACUAAGUACGUACAAAGAGUGGAUAAACAAUCGGGUCCUUCUCUGGAUGAUUUUAUAUAUGAGAAAUCCAUAAGUUUAAACAAUGGAAUUAAAAAUUCUUACAACAAUUACAUUUUCUAUAAUUCAUCCCUUUCGACAAGUGAAUUUGUCCCAAGGACUGAAUUUAAAUACGAUAGAAAUAUAGCGUGGUAUACGCCUGAGAUGGCUCGAGGAAUGGUAAACAUUAACAAUAAAAGGAAAGCAGUUGACUGUGUUCUGGAGGUCCGAGACGCUAGAGCACCACUCUCAUCAGCCAAUCCUUCAAUAUUAAACCACUAUCCAAACAACACCAAUAAGCUCGUUAUACUGAACAAGGCUGAUUUAACUCCUAAACAUUCACUUCAAAGAUCAAGAGAGUUAUUGGAAUCAGUUGGUAAUAAAGUAAUCUUAAUAAACUCAUUAUCUCUUAAGAAAAUUAUUAAAAUAAAGCGAUUUGUGACUUCUAAUGUUAGUGUCAAAUUUCCUACUCUUGGGUUUUGGCUUUUAGUAGUUGGUCUUCCAAAUGUAGGCAAAUCUUCCCUCAUUAGAGCAUUAAAACACCAUUCAUUUAAGGAGCAAUGGUAUAGUAAAAGGGAAUUAUUGGAACACGAAAAAAUGAAAAGAACAAAGCCUAGGGUAGAAAAUAGAGCAGGAACAACAAAGCUUUUAGACUUUUUCAACAUCUCACUUAACCCUAAAAUCUUUUGUUUCGAUACUCCAGGAAUUAUGCUACCCAAAAUGGAUGAUGUUGAGAUAAAUUUAAAGUUGGCUGCACUGGGUUGUUUAAACGAUUCUGUAGCAGGGGAAGAUUAUAUCGCCGACUAUAUCCUCUAUAGGCUAAAUAAAUCAAAUCUUUACACUUACGUUAAAACCCUUAAUCUCUCAUCACCAACUAAUAACAUCAAUAAGAUAUCGCAACAUAUUGGUGAAAUGAUUGAAAAGAAAUGGAAUUCAGUUGAUCCAGUAAACUGUUAUAAGAUAUUUAUUAACCAAUUUCGAAUGGGCUUCUUCGGUAAAAUAUGCCUCGAUGAUCUUUCUAAUGUCAUUCAGCUUAACCAACUCAAUGAUUUCUUACUCAGUGAACCUCCAAGUCAAUACACGACCUCAUUUGAUAUAAUUCAUGGGUUAUAAUAUAAAAUUUUAAAACUACACAUUUGUAAAGUUACUGUGAAAAUGUGUAAAAUUAAUGUUUUUA